UUUGGACGAGCAAGGGGGUUUUUCGUUCGGAAGGGAGAGGUUUUCGUUCGUAGACCCUAGUAUUAAUACUCUUCGACUAUAGUACAUUAAACUAUACUAAUAGGCUCACUCUCUCGUCUCUGCCUCUCUGCCUCGUCUCUCCAACUCUCUCGGCCCCUGUCUCUCUGCCGAGUCUGCCCCCUCAACGGCAAACCCUCUCUGCAUCCAUGCCUCCGUAUACGGCGUAUAACACUAGUGGGGUAGGAGUGUGGUACGUGGUUGCUACGGAACUAGAAGCAAAGGUGGUUGCAGAGGGGAAGAGAUCGGAAGCGAGGAAUGUGGAGCAAUUGAAGACUGUGGUGGAGAAGAAGAGGGAGCUCGGGGAACGGUUGAUGGCACGGUAUACGAAGGAUUACGAGGCCUCGAGAGGGCAGAGCGGGGAUAUUAAGAUGUUGGUAGUCACACAAAGGUCUGGUACUGCAGCCGAUAAGGUCUCGGCAUUCUCGGUUAUGGUGGGGGACAAUCCAAUUGCCAAUUUGCGGUCACUCGAUGCGCUUUUGGGAAUGGUAGCAUCAAAAGUUGGAAAGCGCCAUGCAUUGACAGGUUUUGAAGCACUGAAAGAACUGUUUAUUGCAAGUUUACUACCUGAUCGUAAGCUGAAGAGCCUCUUACAGCGACCAGUAGAUAGUCUUCCUGAGACUAAGGAUGGUUAUUCCCUUCUUCUUUUCUGGUAUUGGGAGGAAUGCUUGAAGCAGAGGUAUGAACAGUUUAUUUGUGCACUUGAGGAAGCAUCAAGAGAUAUGUUACCUGCAUUGAAACAUAAGGCAUUGAAGACGAUGUAUGCGCUGCUGAAGAGUAAACCAGAGCAGGAGCGCAGAUUGCUUUCUGCGUUAGUCAACAAACUGGGAGAUCCUGAAAACAAGGGUGCAUCCAAUGCUGAUUUUCACUUGGCAAACCUUUUGUCUGAUCAUCCCAAUAUGAAGGUGGUGGUUAUUGAUGAGGUGGAUUCUUUCCUCUUUCGGCCGCAUUUAGGGUUACGAGCGAAGUACCAUGCUGUUAACUUUUUGAGCCAAGUUCGACUUAGUCGUAAAGGAGAUGGGCCAAUAGUGGCUAAAUGUUUAAUAGACGUGUAUUUUGCACUUUUCAAGGUCCUGAUUACUGAGGCUGGUACUGGUGCUGAUCAAAAGAUAGAUAAAAGUGGCAAGGCUCUGGAUAAAAAAGCUCAGGGGUACCAUAAGGAUAGUAAGGGUAGUAGAGUGAAAAGUUCGUCAGAAACUCACGUUGAAUUGGAUUCAAGGCUUCUAUCAGCUCUUCUAACAGGAGUAAAUAGAGCAUUUCCUUAUGUCUUGAGCAAUGAGGCUGAUGACAUUAUUGAGGUCCAAACGCCCAUGCUCUUCCAACUGGUUCAUUCAAAGAGUUUCAAUGUAGGAGUUCAAGCAUUAAUGCUUCUUGAUAAGAUAUCUUCUAAGAAUCAAAUUGUUAGUGACCGGUUUUACCGAGCCUUAUAUGCAAAGCUUCUACUUCCCACUGCCUUGAGUUCUUCCAAGGCAAAAAUGUUUAUUGGACUUCUUCUUAGAGCUAUGAAAAGUGAUGUGAAUUUGAAGCGUGUAGCUGCUUUUGCAAAGCGUGUGCUUCAGGUUGCACUUCGGCAGCCCCCUCAAUAUGCCUGUGGAUGCCUUUUUCUCCUCUCUGAAGUUUUUAAAGCUAGGCCACCCUUGUGGAACAUGGUGCAUCAGAAUGAGUCAAUUGAUGAAGAACUAGAACAUUUUGAAGAUUUUGUUGAAGAAACUGCCGAGGAACCAAGCACUGCAGCAAAGGAAGAGGAAAAUGAUGGCGGGCUCGUUCACAGCACUGAUGCUACCAACUCAGAUGGUGAAUCUUCAGAAGAUGAAGAUGAAGAUGAAUGUCCAGCUUUUAAUUCUGAAGAUGAUGUUUCUGAUGAAGCAGAGGAAUUUCUUAUGAGAAACGAUUCAAAAGAUAUUGAGGAAUCCAAAACAGUAUCUCCUCUUAAUGCGCAGCGACCUCAAGUAUCUUCUAAGAAGUCUUUGCUGCCUGGAGGGUACGAUCCACGGCACAGAGAGCCCUCUUACUGCAAUGCGGACCGAGUAAGCUGGUGGGAGUUGGUGGUACUUGCUUCUCAUGUGCAUCCAUCAGUUGCUACCAUGGCUAAUACUCUUCUUUCUGGGGCCAAUAUUGUCUACAAUGGAAACCCACUGAAUGACUUAUCACUUACCGCGUUUCUGGACAAGUUCAUGGAGAAGAAACCAAAGCCAUGCGCAUGGCAUGGUGGUUCUCAAAUUGAACCUGCUAGGAAGCUUGACAUGAACAACCUUUUAAUUGGGCAAGAGAUUCUUUCAUUGGCUGAAGUUGACGUACCUCCAGAAGAUGUGGUCUUCCACAAGUUUUAUGCGAAUAAAAUGAAUUCUUCAAAGAAACAAAAGAAGAAAAAGAAGAAAACCGCAGAUGAAGAGGCAGCGGAAGAUUUGUUUGACGUGGACGGUGGUGUGGAUGGAGCUGAUGAGAGUGAUAAUGAAGAAAUUGAGAACAUGCUGGAUUCGGCUAAUAUUUCCAUGAAAGCAGAUGGUGACUAUGAUUAUAAUGAUUUGGAUGUAGUUGCCAAUGAAGAUGAUGAAGACUUGGUCGGUAAUGCUAGUGAUGCAGAAAACGACGCCCCCUCGGAUAUUGCCGAGGGAGAAGAUUUUGAUGCCACUGCUGAUGAUGACAUUGACAUGGGGGAUGCAGAUGAUGGUAGCGAUGAUGAAGAUGAGGUCUUUGACCAGAGAAGAAGAAAACGGAAGUCCAGUGGGAAGGCCACGGCAUCCCCAUUUGCAAGUCUAGAGGACUAUGAGCAUUUGUUAAACGUGGAUAGUCCUGCUAAUGAGCAAUCUACAAAAAAGAAGCCCAAAUCACGAAAGAAGAAGAGGUCAUCUUCCCGAGACGAACCUGUUUGACAUCUCAUUCACAAUCCUUGUAGCUGUCUCCGAGGAAACAAUUUUGUUCCCUAUUCUUGUACCCAACAUGUUUAUUAGAAAUGUUUUUGUUAUUUUCAUGAUCAAGCAGGAUGGCUUAAAAAUUUUGAGUGUGCAGACUAGCUCUUAAAAGUUAUACUCUGAUGUUUGUAUGACCAAAGGCUGUAGAACGUUGUUCCCCAUGCAUACAAAGUACUAGUUUAAAGCCUGCUA